AGAAGCCAACCAAAAGGACGAUCAAAACGAUGUUAUCGGUGCCUCCUCACAUGAGCAACCUGUAUUCCAUGAAGAUGUUGAAUAUGCGAGUUUUUUAAGUGAAGGUAUUAUUCAAGUUUGAACGUGUAUACCUAUAUUUUCCAACAAAAUAUUUAUACUAUAUGCGCAAUACAACAUAUUACAAAAGAGUCAACAAUUGAAUCCUUGAACAAGCACAUGACUAUGUUUGCGACUUAUGUGUAGUAAUUUAGAUUCCAAUCUUUUCAGCCUAUGCAGAUCUUGGGGACUCAUCUUAUGAGUGCGAAUUUUGUGGUGCUUUGUUUUGGUACGAAGAAAGAGUAAAGAAAAGUCCUGCAGGAAAACCACCAAGAUUCUCCUUGUGUUGUAAUCAAGAAGAUGUUGUGCUGCCUGGAGUGCCUGCAAUGAAAGAGCCACCGGAACCUUUAAAAAGUUUGAUAUUUGGUUCUGACGAGCGUAGCCGUCAUUUUCUCGAAAACAUCUGCACAUAUAAUGCAAUGUUUGCAUUCACUUCUAUUGGAGGAAAACAAGACAAAGACAUUAAUCCAGGGAAAACGCCACCAAUAUUUUGAAUAAAUGGACAAAACUACCAUAGAAUUGGUAGUAUAGCCUUCUUCCAAGGGACAGUGGUCAACCCAAAUUUUUGCAGAUGUACUUAUGUGAUCCAAGUGAAGAAACCUCAAAUAGACUUAAAGCUGUCAGGAGUGAGGGUGGUACAAAAUUGCAUGAUGCAUUGGUGUUGGAGUUGACACAUAUGCUCGACAUGUACAAUGUUCAUGCACAGUUAUUUAGGAUGGCAAGGGAUAGAUUUAAUGCGUCAAACUCCACGACGUUGAAAAUGAGACUUAUUAUGAAACGGAGUUCAGAGGGACGCACGUAUAAUGCUCCAAGCGUUUCUGAAGUAACGGCUUUAAUUGAGGGGGACUUUGACGUGAAUAGAAAAGAGAGAGAUAUUGUCCUGCAACCAAAAUCUGGGGCAUUUCAGUUUGUGACUAAACUGAACUCUUUGUUUUUAGGCUUACAAUACCCACUACUAUUUCCUUACGGUCAAGAUGGUUUUAGAGAAGACGUUCGGUUGACGCGUGCAAUAGGGGAUAUCAAUAGCAACAGAGGGAGAAAAUUUGCUACAAUGAAAGAUUUUUUUUCAUACAGGUUGCAGGAACGCCAAGGUGAAACCCCAUAUCUAUUGAGAUGUCAAAGGUUGUUUCAGCAGUACUGUGCGGUUGAUGGAUAUACAAUGAUCGAGUCAUAUCGAUUGCAAUUCAUAAGAUUCCAUCAGAAAGAGAUUCAAAGUGACGUCCCCGUCUGGGUUGAAGUUUGUUAUAUGUGAUGAUGAUGGAAAACCGGCCAAGAAGACUUCAAAUGUGGUUUAUAAGGAAGUAUAUAAUAAUUUGUAUUUUUUUUUUGUAUUUAUUUACUUUUGUUACAAACAAUAUAUACAUUCAUCUCUGUUUAUCACAACAUUUCUUUAUGUUCUCAAUUUUUUUAUUGCUUACUACCUGCAUCCCGUGCGAAGCACGGGUGAAAAUCUAGUACUUAUGAAAUACAGAGUAA